GCACUUUUGAACGUCAAAACAAAACUCGUUGUUAAACUUUUAUUUUUGUUAUUUUUCAAUAAAUGUAUUUACUCAUAAAUUAUUUCACAUCUCAGUGAUUUUUAGCUCAAAAUGGAUCCUUACGAAGUAGAGUUUAUCGGCGAGAACAGAAUCAUCAGUGUUAUACCGAACUUUUCUUACGACAAAGUGUAUUUGAUUUGCGGUGAAUUUGGUCCGUUUCGUGCUGGUUUGCCACUAAAUGUGCCACUAUGGCUUGCUAUGAUGCUAAAACAGAAACAAAAGUGCCGUAUCGUGCCCCCAGAGUGGAUGGAAUUGGAUACUUUGGAGAAUAUCAAAGAAGAGGAGAAAAGAUCUAGGUUCUUCACAAAAAUGCCAAACGAACAUUACAUGGUUGAAGCCAAACUCAUCCUCGGCGCUGCUUCCGAAGACGUUCCCAACGCUGCAGAAAUUAGGACUAUAAUCAAAGACAUUUGGGAUAUCCGCAUGUCUAAGUUACGGACCUCCAUGGACGCUCUCAUGAAAUCUGGAGGCGGUUACGGUAGACUGGACCAUUUGACCAUGAUGGAGAUUAACUCGGCCAAACCUUUGUUGCCUGCCGCUAUGGAUUAUUUGUUGCAGAUACAAAUGAAAGCCCAAAAGAAAGUCCAACAGCCAUCAGCCCUCAAUACCUCAACAUUCAGUCAGUCCGGCAGUUCACAGAAUACCUAGCACAAUAUCUAGUGUAAAUGUGCAAUAUCCACUAAAUAAUAAGCCUAAGAUAGCAAAUAAGUUAAUAUUUUUGAUAUUAAGUACCAAACUAGCUGAUAUUCUCAAUUUGUACAAAGAAUUACAUGUUUUGUUAUUUACCA